AUGAAGCUAUUUACCAUCAUUCCUCUUACUUUUUUGGCUGCACAAGGUGCUCAAGCUGCCAGCCUCAGGGGACGAGGUCGUCAACUUGUCGACGAAGACGAAGACGAGUUUGUUCUUCUUUUGGAAUCAGAAGAGUGCAGAGAGUUUACGGGUGACCUCUUAAAUAAGAUCGAGACGCUCGAAUCCUUUGGUGAAGAUGCCGUUCUUGAUUUUGUUUGCUCCGAUGUGGAGCGUACUUUAAUGAAGAUGAACCUACAAUAUAUUACCGAAGGGGAAGGAUCCAACAAGUGUGACCUUGCAUUUGACGAUCUGUUGCUUCAAGCGCAAGUAAAAAUUGUCAACGCUGUCGGAACCGAAGACUCAUGCAGGAAGGAGCUAUCACAGGAAUUCAAAGAUAUACAAGAACGUCUUCAUCUAAAAGACUUCAAAUUCGGGGAAGAAGAACUCUACCGUCCGAUCAUCGCUCAGAACGCUGCACUAGCUCUGAGUACAUGGCAAAUACGACGAGGAAAGGACUAG